CUGGACGGCCGUCGGCGCAUCCACCUCGAGGUUAUCGACGCGGUGCGUGCCAUCAUCCCUGAGGACAUGCCCCUGUUCAUGAGGAUAUAUGGAAGCGACAUUCUCGAGAACACCCUACUCGAUGAGCCGUCGUGGCGCGUGGAGGACUCCGCACGCCUCGCAAGCAUCAUCGCCAAGCAUGGCGUUGACUUCAUCGACGUCUCCUCCGGCGGCAUCCACCCUCUGCAGGAGCUGCCCCUCGUGCGCCAGGAGGGCCGCCACGCCGCGUACCAGGCGUACCUCGCGGACCACAUCCGCAAGGCAGUCAAUGGCAGGAUCCUCGUCGCAGCCGUUGGCGGCAUCCGCGAUGGCAAUGUUGCGGAGGAGGUGCUCGCCAACGGCUGGGCCGACAUUAUCUUCGUCGGUCGCCACUUCCAGAAAAACCCCAGCGCGGUGUGGCAGUUUGCCGAAGAUCUCGGCGUUGUGGUCACCCAGGCACCCCAGAUCAAGUGGGGCUUCGUGGGCCGCGGCAUUGGUCGCAAGAAGAUGGGAGCCGCUAGGUGA